UACAGCUUAGUAAACAAUAACAUGAGGUCAAAGCUAGUGUAGUGUAACUUCUGCUGACACACUGGUCGUCCUCUCUGUGUCUGGGCUUAUUCAGGGACAUAUUUACCGUCUGUGCUCCUGUCCGGCCAUGCUGUUCCUCCGGACAGCGGCUCUCAGCUGCAGAGGUCUGACCGCUCUGCGCUGCCUGCCCACCGUCUACACCACCUCCAGAAGCACCGCUACAUACAUCCAGGGCCAGAGCCCGGAGCCACGUAUCCGAGAAUACUUCUACUAUAUUGACCACCAAGGACAGCUUUUCCUCGAUGACACUAAAGUGAAGAACUUUGUCACCUGCUUCAAAGAUAAACCGUUCCUGGUCUUUUUCUUCAGUCGGCUGCGCACAAAUCAGAGCGGUCGUUAUGAGAAGGACUUCCCCUACAUAUCCUUAUGUGGCAGGGAGAGGAACUUCCUGCGCUGCGAUGACCGUCCUGUGGUCUUCACCCAUUUGCUGCAGAGUCCUGAAGGGUCACCAGAAAUCAAGGGAAAUCAGGAGCUGCUAUCGUACUGCGGCGGGGCGGAGAAGCUGUCCGCCCCGUUCCGCCCUGAGGCACUGUACAUGCAUCCUGUCACAGGACGAGUUUACCACCCCUGCUCAGAGCGCGGAGGAGGGGUCGGUCUGGUCAGGUCAGCCCUGGCCAUUGAGCUCAGCCCAUUCUUUGUUUAUGCUUCGGAGCAUGGCCAAUCAGGACAGCCUACACACUUUCUCUGGGGAGGACAGAAGCACUUGCUGACCAAUGAGCUGGCAGGCUGCUUUCCCACUGAGGAGGAGGGCAGCGGGGAACAGGGAGAACUGGGAUAAUGACCAGAACAGGUUUAAAGGUGUACCUUAGAUUUUGAAAUGCUGCCCACAUACGCCAUCCGUGUCCCAUACUGGCAGUGUGAAAUGAGACUGCACUCUCACUAUUGUGAUUGUUACUGUUUGAGGCAAGAGCCGAUGUGUCCUCCUAACCUCAUUUACAUGAUGUGUGAGAAGCGAUAUUCACUGAUGAUGCAGAGUGUUUUUGGCUCAAGACCCCACAAACAAAGCAUUGUCUCCCUUCAUUAGAGGUUGCAGUUUAAACUUAUUUUCCCUUUAGUUUCUUUGGAUUAAUUUGAAUGAUAUUCAUGGUCCUGAACAGGUUUAAUUAUCCAGUAUGUCACACAGAAAGAUAAGAGAAAAGUCUCUUAAGAUUAACAUACUGUAGCGGGGUGUAAUAGAAUUUUAUCUUUUUUAUUUGCUUUCCUGUAAAUCAUCUCAAUGAUGACUGUAUUUAUCAUCCUGCCCCCCAGGUUGGAGAGGCUGAAGCUACAGUGUGCUUGAAGCUCAGACUUGGUGGCACUGUGUCUGCAUGUGUAAACUGCAUGUGUAAAGAGGACAUUCAGUCUCAGGUGAAACCUUAAUCGAAGGUCCAGUGUGUAGGAUUUAGGGGGAUACAUCAGCAGAAAUGGGAUAUAAUGUUCAUAACUAUGUGUUCAUUAGUGUAUAAUCACCUGUAACUAAGAAUUGUUUUCUUCUCGUUACCUUAGAAUGAGCCAUUUAUAUCUACAAACGAAGUGGGUCCUCGUCAUGGUUGUAGAAAGAGAACUGGAUACAGCUUUGGAGGUGUGGCCCCAUUUAUUUUUUAUGAAAGUUGCUCAGUGACGUAUGAAGCUAAAAAAGUUCAACUUCUGUGUGUAAAAUUAGCCUGAUUGUCCAAACUUCUCUUAAACCCUCUGGUAACUUGAAUGGGAAUAAAUUGAUUUGAUUGUGCAGCUUGUCUACACUUUCAAAAUGUCAUCAGACUGCGGGGAUCAAAUCCCAAGAGUUAAACGAGUCAUUUCAUGGGAGUUCUGACAAUAAUCACGUGAUGGACCAGGAAGUUGGAGUUACUUGGUUUGGACACUACGUCACAUUGACUUCAAAGUCGGGCGCACUCUCUGGAGGCCUGGUCCCCAUGUUGUUUCUACAGUAACCCAGAAAGGUAAACAAAACACCAGCUCUAAAUAGGGAUAUUCGCAUUUUGCGUUGGCCACUACAGUCCACCUACACAUGGCUCAUGGGAGAAAUUUCAGUUGGUUGCACUUUGCAACCUCACCACUAGAUGUCACUAACUCGCACACACUAGACCUUUAAUCCAAAGUAAAAAGUAGGUAAUGAAAGCAAAGCUGAUUUGAAAAAGAGAGCAGUUACUUGGCACAUUGACUACAGAUAGUUAUAUGUCAAACAACAACUGAAUAAAGUAUAUUCUGUUGCAGAUGUCUGCAACAGAAAGUACAAAUUUGAAUUGAAUAGUAUUCAGAGUUUUUAUUAUAGCCUAUGGUAGAAAGAAAAUACUAUUAAUUUGUAUGUGAAUAACACCAGGAUCAUUUUCAGUGGCAAAGCAACUUCAUGAGAAGCACUUUAGAAUAAACUACUGAAUGUUCACAGUCAGAUCCUUCUUUAAUAAAGUGAUUUACUCUGAA